CGAUCCUCCCUCAUAUCCGCCACACAAAACGACGAGCAUCAGCGUUCAAUUCCCGCAUCGACUCACUAUCGUCAAUUUUUUCGCCAGUCAAGAAUGAGACACGAUCCUUUGCCAUUAUGAGCGGAGUCGGACUUGAGGUCCUGUUGGAGGACCUCAUUCCUGAGAUCGCGUAUUCUGGACAAAAAGGAGUCUCGAUAACUGAGUUGCUGAAGAUUGUUCGGCGAUAUCACCUCAGCCUCAAUGGCCAGGAUGCGUCAUCUCACGACGACGCAGCCGGCGGGCUGCGGGGAUCGAUUGACGAUGCCGACAUUGAGAAGACCCUUACAGAAGCCGAGAUGGCAUCCGCCCGCUGGGCUUGGGACUGGCUGCGUUCCCGACCGCAGAUUCUCAUCAACGGCAACAGGCGCUGGAAUCGACUCGAAUUGAGCGAAGCCCUCGCCUUGCCAGAAGCCGACUCGGUCGACCCAGCCAUCGCCUCCGCAUCGGCUCAUGGCAAAGAAAUCGACCAUGCCAAAGGCGACAAGUCCAAAAAGACGCUCACCACCAGGCCAAGGAUUUACCCAGCCGAAGAUCUGGUUUGGCAGACCUUGACUCGCCAUGGCGUUGAUUACAAACGGGUACCUGCCCUAGAGUGGGCCUGCCUCCAGGGUAUCGCGUCAUCCAGGUCGGAGGGCAUCCUCCAGAGUGACCUCCGGCGCCUUGUUGACCAGGACAAGAGGUCGCUUCCGAAGCGCACAGAUUCGCUUGCUCGGAAAGGCUAUAUUGCCAAGCGGACAGUCGUGGUCCAGAAGAUGAAGACCAGCCGACUCUGGCUCAUCGACUUUGCCCCUCCUCUAGUCGAGGCGGAAACUCACGGCCUUGACCUAUCCCCCGAGACGCUAAGCAAAGACCUAGAACCCGUGCCCUGGCAUGGGCGGUGGACCGGUAACAACAUCGACAUGGACGCCCUUGGUAGAACCGCCGUGGGCGUCGUCAAGGCCUUCAACGUCAUCCGGUACGCGGACCUGAGACUCAAAAUGGGCGUAUCGGGCAAACGGUGGCAGAUGAAGACCCUGGCCAAGAACUGCCAGCGGCUAGUUGAUAUCGGUGUUCUGAAAUACACGGCCGCCUCAUUCCCGGGUUCGCGCAAGAUCUUCAAGGAUUGUCUUAAAUUCGUGCGGGACCCCAGUGCUGAAGAAUGGGACAAGUUCCUCGCAACCGGGAAGAAGACAUCACUCUACUCCGACCCUACGAGGCAUCGAGAGCCAAAACCGAACGCACUUGCUCUCUACGGCAAGUCGGGUGAGGACGGCCAGGGAAGUGGCGAUGCCCGGUCCAAGGUCAGGCGCAUCUUCAGCGGCUGGACUCCCGAGAAGCCCCUUGCCCAGACAGUCUUCGAGGUCAUUCGGAGUGCCGGUCCAGAAGGGGCUUCCAAUCCUCAGGUUAGCGUGGCUACGGUCGGCUACCAGCAUCGGCGUUAUCUCUCCAGCUAUCUCACAAAGGUCGCCGAAACCCAGCAACCGCCGCAUCUCAAGAAGUUCCAAGUCGUGAGCAAGCUCGUGCGCACCGGCAAGACUUCGGCUUAUAUGUUCUCGGCCCCCGGGGCGACAGGACAAGCGGCCCUUCCCGGAAUUGACGAGAGAGAAUCCACGACGGAUCAAGUUGCAACAGGGGACCUUGAAGACUCCACGUCGGCGGAUCCAUAUGGCUUUGGGACAGUACGACCCAAAGCUUUCAGCUCGAGUGAAGACUUUACGCUCUCAGACAUGUCGCGGAUUGCUAGGAAGUCCAAGCCCUCAGCCAAGCGAAAGCUCUUACCUCGCAUCAGACCGGAAUACGUGUCCACAGCCGAGGGUUCUACUGGGGGAACGGCAGGACAGGAUGCAGUAGUACCGGAUCGAGAAGAGCAUAAUGUCCAAUCCGCGUCCGCCGGAUCUCUGAAGCGUCCCUUUGACGAGAUGACAGCCAGCCAUGAAGGCGUCGAGGAAAAUCCGGUCAACCCAUCAGAUCCCCAAGAGCAGGGUACAGUGUCAACAUCCACAACGCUCGACAAAGCCGCCAAUGUGCCAACAGAUGAAGAGCUCGUUCUGAAUGUCCGUUAUAACGGUGUUCCUGGGAAGCUGCAGUUAGACCGUGCGCAGCGUAAAGUCACUUUCACGAGAUCCGGAAGAGGUCUCAAGAAGCCUGUGACCAUUCCCGUUGACAGCAACCUCGAUGAGCCGGCAAUACAAGAUGUCCCAGGCGGUGACGAGAAGGUCCUGCUCCUCACAACGAGGGAAAAGGACGGGUUGCAGCCCCAGACAUAUCCGUUCAACUUCGACACGGACAGCCAGAACAGUGCCGUCUGGAUUCAGCAAGAGGUCACCAGGAUGAGAUCACCUGACUAUCAAGAGCCGUCACCGGAGAAAAGUGCUGGUACCUCGGAGGAGAUCACGGUUGUGGCUGUUUCUUCCGAGCCACCUCGUGGCAGAGGGCAUGGUGCCGGUCGAGGCAAGGGCAAGAGGGGGCAGGCCUCAUCCGCCGGAGCAAAACCAUAUGUGUGCGAACUGUGUGGUGGUUCCUGGAAGAAUGACAUUGGCCUCAAGUACCACCAACAAAAAGCUCAAGUCUCCUGCAAUCCGAAUUUCGACCCCGCCGUGCUGCUCGAGCGUUCACGCAAGCGUCGCAGGCUUACUCCCGUACCACCGUCCGACGCGAAUAGCGAAGCGGGCGAAGAAGAUGGCAUAGGGCGUACGCGCAAGCCUAAGGGCGGGAAUAAAGGGGAGAAAAGGACUUUUCACCUACAUUCCAAAGUUCGGGCUGCUAUGCGCUGCGUACGGGGCCCAGCUCACAAGUUCCGUGGUUUGAAUUUGCCUGACGCCGGCGACGAGGAAACAGUAGACUGGGAACUGGAACGGCCAAAAAACAUGCCAGCCGGCAUGUCUGGAUCAGAAGGGCCUGGAUUGGCCUGGAACAAUACGGUUCCUCCGUCCUCCUCAAGCGCUCUUGGGCCAGGGACACCUUUCAACGCCGAAACUCGCCCCCAAACCCCCGCUGGUGUUUUGUCAUACACAGAACACAUGCACGAAGCUGAAGGUGACGCAGCUCAGAAGAGCUCAGCUUCUGUUGGAGACAGUGCGACUGCGAUGGUUGCUGGCGAUAAGCCGCUCGAGAAAGGGCUUUCUCGCCCCACCGCAUCGACAGCGCUCUGGCGCUCUCGAGCAUCUGAGGGCGCUCCGAUGACUGGCGCCCCAUUCAGCAACAAGGAGGCCUCCCGUACCGAACCAGAAGAAUUCACUCCGCAGCCUUCAGGGAAGGCGCCUUAUCCGGAUGAAUACGGGGAGGGUUCGCCGUCGAGACAAGACCUUGGGCGCCACCAGUCAGAGCCGCCCAAAAGCGAAUAUCCUGAGCCCCCUUAUCCACAGGACGUGCAAGAGCUUGGGACAGCAGAGACUUCUACGUCACUUCCCGACCAGGGCCUUUACAAGCCAUUCACCCGCUCUUCCAAUUACGAACGCAUGACCAGCGAUGCUAAGAGAAGAACGGCCCAGGCCUUCGACAUCAUCAACUAUCUCCUGGACAACAAUCUCGGCGUCUUCCCUGGCGACAAGGCACUAUUCUACGCCCUGACAAAUGUCUUUUUGAAAGAAUUUAAGAAUCAGAUGCCUCCCACCUGGAAGAACUGCACGAGUGCGGUCAAGGCUCUGGAGAAUCGGAAGCUUGCCAGCGUUCACACCCACAUGCUCAAAACGGAGAGGGGACGGCUGCAGACAUGUACCCUCCUCAUCAGGACCGGUGUAGACCCAAAUGGGAUCAUCGCAACCAGGAUGAAGCAAAAAAUGCGCGAAUCAUACCCAGGCAUCUUCAUACCGCCUGCGUUUUCCCCGACCCAGGAAGAGCUAGCCUUGCUGCAGGAACUAGACAGAAAGACCCAUGACAAGAAUAUCGUCAACAGCAAACCGAACACCAACGGGCAAAAGUUCCGUAGCAGACGCAAGAUCGAGGACGUUGAAAUCUUCGACGCGCCUUACUACAAGAACACGGCCCCUGUCAUCAGCCCAAGGAAGGAUCCCCUUUGGAUUCGGGACACCGAGCGGCUGGCAGAAGAGGGAACUGGUGUACGGAAGCGGCCAGUUGGUGACGAUACUUGGACCGAGCCUCCCCAAAAGAAGGCGAGGACGGAUCCAGAGGCCGAUGCAUAUCCCGACAUACCGGUGGACCCGAGCAUUAUUGGAGAUACGCAAUCAAUAUCGCAGCCGGAUCAGCGGGACGGACACUCUGUGCUCGAAGCAAUAAAGACGUACAGUCUCCUACCGGUCAAACCGGGCUCUCGCGGCAGCCGUCGGAGGCUAUCCUAUCCGUACAAACCGUUGGCCAAACUCUCGCCGGAGCUUGGUAGAACCAGGAACCCAGGUUUGAGGAGUUUGCCCGACGAAUUUUUCAAAAACCUUCCAUCUCCCGCAGCCGUCCAGUUUGUCUCACCCGAGGUGCUGAUGCUAGAGCCCAAUACAAGUCUGGAGGAUGAGGACGAGGAACAAGCUCAAGAGCGUCAGGGUCAAAGCCAGGUCUCGAGCCGGGAGACUACCGAAGGUAGUGUCGGCGAGGUGGAAGUUGAGGCAGAGGUUGAGAAAGCAAUCGAGGAACCUAAGGCGUUCAGAUUUACUUCGCCCGCCGUUCUUGAGCCGAUGUCCAAGGGGACUUGGCCCGAUCUGACCCUGGGCUUCUUUGAGCACUACGAAGGCAGCUUCGCCCUCAAUGGCUGGAUGCCUAGCUUGAAGUGGCUCCAGACUCAGAAUCUUCCGACCAGCACGGAGGAGAUGGCACAGAAACAAAAAGCCGACAGAAUCAAACUACGUGGCUGGGUUGACAAGGAGUAUGCCAAAUUCUGCUCCGUCGUCAAUCAAUGCGCGGCAUGGGAGCAGUCCCGGGUCGGCACUGCAGUCAUGCUGGGCGGCAAGGUGCCUCCCGGGUUCAGCUACAUCAAUGUCUCUCCGCCUGCGUCAAAGGCGAAUUCGAAGCCCAUAACUCUGGCGUGGUCAGACGAGACGCAGUACGACCUUGAGACUCUUCCCUACGAGGAACUGGAAGACGAUGACUACGGAGAUGUCACGUGUGUUGAGGACUCUGAGAGAGCUGCCAGAGACGGUGAGCCAUCGUCCAAGAAGCGUCGCCCGCAAAAGGCUCCUGGGCAGGUGCGGCGGAUGCAGGGCAGGCCUCCCAAGCUCAAGCUCACGGCUAUCAAGACGAUGCGUGAACAUACGGCGUACCCACGAUCAGAAGAAGAUUUCCUGCGGGGCGACGGGGAAGAGCUCGACUGGUCAAGCGAGAAUGUCCGGUUGGCGGCGUUCGUUGCCGUGACUACCCUGCUUGGUGGCGUGGACAGGGUCGUAGAUUGGGGACUGAUGAUGAGGCUCGUGCCUGACCAAACGAUAAGCCAGCUGCGGCACUACUGGUGUGCGCUAAAGAAAGACCGGCUGUCGACCAUCGUCGGCCUGACGGAAAAGUUCCGGCGGGCGUUCCUCAAGGCGUACGAAAACAACGAGAUCCCGCCCAUCGACUACGAUAAUGUGCUGGCCUACGACUGGAAAUCCCUAAUCAAGUGGACGACCAAGCUUGACAUGGCCGAACGGAGGAUGUUGCCUUCGACGCGCAAAGAGCUGGAUGACAAGUUCGUUGUGACCAAAUUCAGACAUGGCAACCGCCCUUGGAGGGAGGCCUUCUAUCACCCCCAACGAUCCAUCUUCAACAAGUUCCAGGACGCGACAUCUGAAUCUCUCGCCCUACCGGUGGAUAACAACCCGGAACCGAAGCUAAGCACCGAUAUGAUCGUGGCCAUGUCCUGGACGCGGUCGCUCUGCGUGACGCCAGUUGAAGCGUACCCAGCCGAGGCCGUCGUCCGGAGGCGCAACAGCUUGUUCCCUAACCGCGCAAAAACCGAGAUCACCGAGUUGAUGAUCAAGGGCGUCGACCAGCUGCAGCGGCAGGGCGUCAUCUCCAAAUCGUCUUCGAAAUGGUCCAACGGUCGCCGCUGGCGUUUCAACACACGGGUCAUCGAUGCCCUCGAGAAAGCAGCGCAGCAGGAGAAGUUUGCCAAAGCGACCCAGUUCAAGAAGGAGCUCGAUCAGGCCUUCCGCGCGGGUGAGACGAAGAAACGGGUCACCUACAUCACCAACGACGGCAUGAUCAUGGCCCUGUUGAACCUGCAGGCCAAUGGCCGGGUGCGCGUCGAAACAACAGGCCAGCCGUACGUGCCCAUGGGCCACGAACCAGGAAAUUACGAAACCCGCAAGUACACAAAAAAGUACAUGCACUUCCGCCUCGACAUCGUUCCGACCGACUCCUACCUCUACGAUGAAGUCACCAUGACGGCCGCUGAAGGCGAAGCAUGGAAGGGAAGGGAAGACACCACCCUCGCCGACCUACGCAGCCGCAUCAAGGCAACGCCACCACCGACCUGCGGCCCGGGGGGCGCCGUGCCCGUCUGGUGCGACGUCUUCGGCAAGGUGGACGUGGAUCGCUGGCUCAAGUACCUUAGUGCGGUGCUGAUCACGCUGGCGUCGCGAGGGUCGAUGCGCGCCGAGGAGCUCACCGAGACGCUCAAGCCCGUCAUCAUGUUGUUCGAGACGGAACUGAUCAUGGAAUGGUUGGCGGGCCUGGGGCUGCUGAAGCCGCAGAUGGGCGCUAUGGCGCCGGCUGUCAUGGAGUGGUGGUGGGUUGCGGUGGAGGUGCAGAGGGAAGGGUUGUCAGAGAAGGGAAAUGUUGCCACCGCCGCCGCCGCUACUGGUGGUACUCCUUCUGGAGUCAAUGGUGAUGGAACUGGAGAGGUGAGAGCGAUUGUGGGUGAAGAUGGAAAAUGAACGUUUGAGCAGCGAGAUGCAGCGGAAGGCGCUCCCUCUGGGUCGGCCGGGCAAGAACUCUUAAGGGAACAGUCCAAGGGUGAGGUGGUAAUUUGUUUGAUUUUAUGUAACAGUUCAAAAAAUCUGCUGGGUUGUCUCUUGGGGACUCGG